AUGGUAGUUCAGGAUAUUAUCACAAGCAGUCAAUCGUAUGAGGUUAGGGACUGGCUGCAGGGUCUUUCAUGGGAACAUUUAGUUUCCUUGCAAUAUGACAUUGUUGAUGAACUUGCAAGACGUGUACGAGAUUUGAAGUUAAUUACCCAACUCCCGCAGUUUAAACAUGAGGACAAUGAAGAUCUAAUCCCGACUCAACUGUCAGUUCCUCGAAGUGUGGAUAGCAGGCAGAAUUUUGCGAAGGUUGAGCGACCUCCAAUGAUGGAGGGAGAAUGUGAUUCCGAACCACUAAUUCCAGGUACGCUAGAACUACGCGGUAAGCAGUUCGUGUUAUCUAGUUCACCGUUGAAGAAAGAGGUUCAGGUAGACAAUUUACGAAGAUCGCAAUGCACAACAGCUGGGUCAAUUGUUGCUUCGCCGAUUAGCAAGAACGUUGCCUCGCAUGGGGUGGGAUCACACAAAAGAUUGGGCAAGGUAUGUCCGUUGGAAGUAAAUGAAUAUGAAGGCUACAAUAAAGUACCAGAUGAUGUAGGGGACAUAGACGAACGUAUAAGUGACUCUGAAGGUGAAUUAGAUUGGGUCGGGAGACCUCAAAGGCUUGACUCUUGGGAUAAUCAAAAAGACAAGAAGAUAAAGAUUGAUUUUAAUAUCCAUCCACUUGCGAAAAGGCCCUGGAUAUACGAAGACUUCAGGGCAAAUCAUGAGGCUAUAGAAGAAUUGAAUAAAUGUAGACUUAAGGAAAACCGCCUUGCCAAAAUGGAUACAAUGGCUGGUAUGAAGGUAAAUAAAAUGGGAAGCAAACCCAAUCAGGAUAGUAGUUUCAAUGAAUCGUUCCCAUUGUAUGAAAAUUUAAGACAUAGAUCGAAGUCACCUCCUGGGUACGGUAGAAUGGAUUUCCCUACCACUCAGGAGCUUAAAGAAGAAAAGGAACAAGCACAGGAUAUGAUAUAUGAAAGGACGAAACAUAGAUUUAAAAUGGCUGUCCAGACGGGUAUCCCGUUGUUUGAACGGGAGUAUUAUUUUAAGAAUGAGCAAUUGAAUACUUGGGUGGAUAACGGAGAAAUAGCUUGGUCAAAAGAAAACUUACAAAUCUUUAGGAAGAGGGCAAACUAG